AUGGCACCAUACCUCAAGGACGGAAUCCUCCACCAGCGUCUGGUCCUCGACGAUCCAACCCGAGAACUACGGAUUGACCUAAAUCAAAUGAAAUUCAUCUGCAAACAACUCUACGACGAGACAUCAGCUCUCCCACCAACCCGCUGUCCGGAACUAAUCUUCCCCCUCCGCAAAGACACCCCCGCCUCCGCUUCUAGCAUAUGCGCAGACUACAUCGCCAGUGCCAGACCCGAACAACUCAACAGCAUCCGCCGCAUCCACGUCCACGAGCGCAUCGCAUACAGACAGGUUCCUUUCUCGCCGCACCUCUUCGACCCUUGCAUGAACCAGCUCGUCACAUUCGCCACCGACCACCCUUCCACCUCGCUCCAAACCUUCCUCCAUGCCGUAGACCCAAAGGUCUCCAACGACGUAUCCAAAUUCCCCAUCGCAGGCUUUUCCUACGAGAUAGCCCGCAAACGGGUAGACUCCACCUCCGGAUACUACAGCGCUUGGUACAAUAUCGACAGGGCUCUGGACGAGAUGGCGGAGACAUGGUCGGACCAUGCGUUUGAACCGCAGCCGUUUCCGGGGAAUUUCGUGUUUAGGUUGGGGUGUGGGGUUAGGUGGUCGAAUUGGCAGCAGUGGGUUGGGUUGGAGUUUCCGAGGCCGAUGCUUACGAGGACGGGGCCUAAUUAUACGGGGAGGUAUGAUAUUUGGUUUUUGGGGCGGACGUGA